AUGAAUGCGCCAUCGCCCAACACGGAAGUUUAUGUGGGUCCGGAUCAUCCGAAAAGCUGUCGCCGCGACACGAACUUGAAGCUGCGAAAGACCGCCAUCCCCUCAGACCUCUUAAAUCCGAACCUUCCACCAUCCGAUCACCCCUACCGUUGCUUCUCUUGCACCCGUGCCCAGGAGCAGUCCAAGUCGGACCAAGAGCGCAUGACGCACUUUGGCUUCACCGAUGUUCCCGAAGCCGAGAAGGAGUCACGAGUCGGCGCGGUCUUCAGCUCUGUCGCCUCCUCAUACGACCAGAUGAAUGAUCUGAUGUCCCUCGGCAUCCACCGCCUCUGGAAAGACCACUUCGUGCGAUCCCUCAACCCCGGCUCGCCGCUCUCAACCCGCAUCAACAACCCCGAGCAAAAGGGAUGGAACAUCCUGGACAUCGCCGGCGGAACAGGCGACAUCGCCUUCCGGAUGCUGGACCAUGCCACGAACAUCCACCACGACAUCGACACCCGCGUAACAAUCAGCGACAUCAACGCACAGAUGCUGGCCGAGGGCGCCAACGCCGAGCACAUGCCGCACAUUCCGAGCGAGACGGUGGAUCUGUACACGGUUGUGUUUGGCAUCCGCAACUUCACGGAUAAGCAGGCUGCGCUCAACGAGGCAUUCCGUGUGCUCAAACCUGGUGGUGUGUUUGCUUGUAUGGAGUUUAGCAAGGUCGACAACCCGCUCUUUGAUGCUAUCUACAAGCGCUGGAACUUCAGUGCUAUCCCCAUGAUCGGGCAGCUUGUUGCUGGGGACCGUGCUAGUUACCAGUAUCUUGUGGAGAGUAUUGAGCGGUUCCCCUCGCAGGAGGAAUUCAAGGGGAUGAUUCAGAAAGCUGGGUUCAUGAUUCCUGGUCGUGGGUAUGAGAAUCUGACGUGCGGUAUUGCUGCUAUCCACAAGGGUAUCAAGCCCGUUGUGAAAGCUUGA